AUGAGCACCUUUAAACUAAAAAAGCUGUCGUCAUACAUACUGGUUGACGGCAGUAGCAAACAACUUCACCACAUAACCAGUGAUUCAUCAGUAGCAGAAAAACAACCACUCAUAAAUAGUGAACGUCUUUUUGUCGUCGAUCGCAAAUCAUGUUUACGUUUCUUGGUUGACCCGAGCUCAGUUGUAUCAGUAGUGCCACGGCAUUUGGUGAAAUUCAAAACAACACAAGAAGAGCUCCAACUAUACGCAGCGAACCGAACUCUCAUUACCACUUUUGGCAACAACACAAUGAAAUUAGACCUAGGUUUACGGAGAUCAUUUAGGUGGCAAUUUAUCAUCGCUGAUGUCGAAGUUGCUAUUAUUGGUGCUAAUUUCUUAAACCAUUUUCAUUUGUUAGUUGAUCUGAGAAACAAACAACUUAUAGACAUGACGACGAAGCUUAACACACGAGGUGAUCUUUCAGCUUCUCCGCCAUCAACCAUAUCUACAAUAGAUGAGACAGCCAAGUUCAGCAAUCUGCUCAAAGAAUUCGUUGAUAUUACACGACCAGUGUUGAAACAGUCACUUCACGACACUCAAAAACAUGGGGUGACUCAUCAAAUUGAGACAAGAGGCAACAUUGUAUUUGAUCGUCCCAGAAGGUUAUCUGGACAGAAACUUGAUGUGGUAAAAGCCGAAAUCACUCUAUUACUGGACCAAGGUAUUUGCCGUUUGUCAAAAAGCCCAUGGGCAAGUCCCCUACACAUGGUGGCGAAAAAUAAUGGUGGCUGGCGUGCUUGUGGCGACUAA